AUGCCUCCUACAACAUCCAGCCUUUUGCAGUCUCUGCCGGAUUCGACAAACUACAACUUCUCGCUCAAGUUGAACGAUGAUGUGGUGGCCAAACUGCGAAGUGCAAAAGACAAACCGAGGCUUUGUGUUAAAAACGGAGAGAUAACAGAUCAGAUAUCUGUCCCCUUGGGCAGACUGAACACGAAGCUCACCAUCAAUGCCGAUAACAAAUUGGAUAAAAGCAUACAGAAACUGCACAGCGAAAACAAGAAACUGGCAAAGCUCAAGGAAAUAACCAAGAUUGGAAGGUUGGGAUCCCCAACGAGUCCAAAUAUGACUGUGGCGGAUCAGCGGAGUGAAAACCUGAGUCACAAGUUGGACAACCUGAAGGAUCUCGAGACGAUCCAACUUUUGAACUCGGAGAACAUCGCCAAGUCUGAUUUACCAGUCGGUGUCAAUAGCAACGUGUAUACCAAGGCCAAAGACACACUGGAACUUAACCUGGACUAUGCCAAGUUCGUGGAUGUUCCGUCGCCACAUCUGCAAUCUUUAUUCGAUAAGGCCGGGUAUGGGGAAAGCCAUCCGUUCAGACUGCGCGUUUUCUGCACAAAGCCCGUAUCUUACGAGCCCGUUGUGUCGGACUCGUCUGAUAAUGACGAUAUCAUUCCAGGAAAGAAACGGAAGAUAUCGGAUAUCUCAGCUUCCUCCUCAUCCAACAUGUCACUAGUUUCGCGGUCUGAAUCAAGCCAAUCUUCGUUCGACGAGAUGUCCGAGGAGGAAACGAUACCUACGAAAAAAUUAAAGCCGGAUAAACUGAUAGAGAAGUUUGAAUCCGAGUACAGAGUCUACAAAGCACUCUACUCCAAGCUGUCCAAGGCACCCAAGUUAGACUCAGCCUCAGCUGAGCGUUUCGUCAAAAUGCACAACGAGUUGUCGCAGCUGAAAUAUCAGUUGUGGAAUCAUAAAGCUCUGUGA